UCCUUUCUUUGCCUCGCGGGUUUUUCUUCUUUCAUGAGCACGAACUGCGAAGUGUGUCCGCCGAGUAAAAGCUAAAGCUCGCCGGCCAUGGAGGCAACGCUUCUCAGCCCGAGCUUCUUCCAUUGCGGACCUUUCGCCGUCAGACGCAGUUUCUCCCGAGGUCCGGAGAGGGAAGGAAUUCUAUCUAAUAGUACUCUGUGUGAGGGAACUCGGUUAUCCCUGAAGACAACUUAUUCGCAACCCGGCAGUGGACACCUGCUGCUGAACAACCGGCAUUUUCCCUCGAGAGCAAAGCAAAAGUUCUCCGUUUACUGUUCAACUAGUAAUAAAAACGAGUACCUGAAUGACCAGGCUGCAUCUUUGCACUCUCUGACCCUUGAAGCUGUUCCAGUGCGAUCGGAAGCAGGAGAAGAGUCUCCCAAUCUUCACGAUCUGAGUAGCUCCAGGAUUCUUCAAACAAAACCUAAAGCAUUUAGAAAUAGAUUUUUGAACUUCGUCCGUCUAAGUUCUGUCCUCAAUAAUGCUGCUGAAUAUUUUUUUAAGAGCGAGAUGCGAAGAAGAUUAUUUGUGACGGCAGCAUUGCUUAUAAUAAGUCGUGUCGGCUAUUUCAUUCCUUUGCCCGGAUUUGACAGACGAGCGAUGCCUCAAGAUUAUCUCAGCUUUGUGUCAGGAUCCGUUGAUGAACUUGGUGAUUUGACAACCGAGCUUAAGUUGUCAUUUUUCCAGCUUGGGAUCAGUCCCCAGAUAGUAGCAUCCAUUCUUAUGCAGGUGCUAUGUCAUGUUGUUCCCUCCUUGGUAAAGCUGCGGAAAGAAGGCUUAGAUGGCCACGAGAAGAUUAAGAGUUAUAUAUGGUGGAUCUCCCUUGGUUUUGCAAUACUGGAGGGUAUCAUUGUGUCUUGUUAUUCUCUGCCAUAUUCAAUUUAUGCAACCACUAGCAGGGUCAAGCAUGUUAUGGUGACUACUCUUUUAUUGGUCUGCGGUGCAAUGACCAUGACUUGGAUAUGUGACACUGUAUCAGAGUCGGGAUUUGGUCAAGGAUCAUCUCUGAUUAUAUGCUUGGGAAUAUUAACUGGUUACAAAGACACCUUGCUCAAGGUGUUAUCUAAGCUCUCAGGAAGUGCUGUGAGUUGGUGGCCUUAUGUGCUCGCAGUUUUGGGUGUUUUCACUACAGUCACUAUGUGGGCAGUUGUUGUGACAGAGGGCUGCAGAAAGAUUAAGCUGCAGUACUAUGGUUUUAAACUUGCAUCCUCAGCAAGAGGUGAAUCACCGAUCACAGAAGUGGAGCCCUAUAUCCCCUUCAACAUCAAUCCAUCCGGAAUGCAGCCUGUUCUGACCACUUCAUAUCUCUUGGCAUUUCCCAGCAUUCUUGCAAGUAUCCUGGGUUCACCUUUCUGGGAGCGUGUCAAGCAGAUUUUGAACCCUGAAAAUUCAAUUGGUGCUGAGCCGUGGGUUUACUAUUCGAUAUAUGCUUUUUUCGUCUUCUUGUUCAACAUAUUUGACAUUGCCAACUUGCCAAAGGAAAUCGCUGAUUACUUAAAUAAGAUGGGUGCUCGAAUACCAAAUAUUAAGCCUGGGAAGGCUACCAUUGAAUACCUUACAAAGAUCCAAGCAUCGUCUCGUUUUUGGGGUGGUUUAUUGUUAUGUAUUCUAGCAACUACAUCCAGCAUUUUGGAUCACUACUUACGCCGUAUCAAUGAAGGAUUCGCAAUCGGGUUGACAUCUGUGUUAAUCAUUGUGGGUUCGAUCAUUGAGUUAAGAAGGUCCUACCAGGCAUACAACGUAAUGCCCAGUUUAAGCAAAGCUCUUAGACGAUAUGGUGUAUGACAUUAUCAGAGGAGAGGAAGUCUCUGUUUCAAGUUAGUGACGGUGUUCUUUCUGUCAAUUUAACAUCCUGGACUCUGGCAUAAUGUACCCCUUGAUGCCUUGUGAUCAUUAAAUCUCUUAAUGCAGCACGGAGGGAACGUCGCAAGUUUUCUCAUGAAUAUGGAAGAACCAACUACUUGGCUCUAAUCAUCCUAUGUUCCCCUGUGUGUUCCGCUUGCUAAUGAUAAGGAGAAGGCUCCUGCAAUGAGCGAAGUGCCGGUGCCCAUUGAACCAACCGGCCUGCAAGAAACUGAAGAUUGAAAACCAACCAAGCCUCAUAAUAUUUAUGAAGAGGGCAUUGUCUUCAAGAUGGUUUGAUGACCCCCAAGCUUGUCAGUCUGGAUGAUUCCCCGGUCUGUGGUAACCCUGCAUAGUUAGAGGUCGCUGCUCACCCCGUGUAAGGUCAAGCAUCCAGAAUCUUGUCGACGAUAAUCAUCUGAGUGCUGUAUAAGUGAGGGGCCUUCGGUACCUGGGGCGGUACUCUGAUUUGCUUAGAGGUGUAUAUAACUGGACGUGUUGCUUGGUGCUUUCCCGCAUCUUGCCUUCCUGCGAAAGGAAGUUGCAUAUUAACUUUUUGGUCGGCCUCUGUAGAUGUUAUCAUCGGGUGUUUUGGCAAUGUAAUUCGUAAAUUUAUGUUUUAUCAUGGCUCAUGAGCUAAAACUCCUCUCAUCCCAAUCACAUGUGUAAUCAACUCAAUACUCUCCCUAAGUUGGUAGGUACAUUCAUGGUCU